AUGCAGCGAAAGGUGGUCAUUAAGUUUUGCAUGAACAGCAACAAGUCUCACUCCAAAGUCCUCACCAAUGCAGCUGGAUUUACUGGGGUGGAAGAGGUGGCCUUGAAUGGGGAGGACCAGAUAGUGGUGGUCGGAGAUGGGAUCGACUCGGUGGCGCUGACCACCUUGCUGAGGAAGAAAGUGGGCUACGCCGAGCUGGUGAGCGUUGAGUCGCCGGAGCCGGAGGAGGAGAACGACAACGCCGGAGACGGAGUGCAUUACGCCACGCCAAAUUGUAAUUACUACCGCCCAGCGUAUGGAAGCAGCUGUAGUUUGCCUGUUUAUGUUGAUGAAGUUAGGCAUUGCCAUGAACCAUCCUUAUUGUGCUCCAUCUUGUGA